GGGGAGCACCGCGUUCAGCGAAGGAAAAGCUUUUUUUAGCCCCGUGACGAUGAUGAUAAUGUACAAUGCCUGAUCAGGACAAAAAGCUGAAGAGCACAGAAAAAGCAUCAGACAGGAAAACUCUUGGGACGUUUACUAGGGAUUAUUCUGAUCUUAAAAAGCUUCACUCUCUUUUAAACGUUCAGACCAGCAAACAACAGUUUCCAGCUACUCAUUUUGAAAGCGAUCAAGCCAGCAUGACCAAGUCUCAGCAGUCUGUCAUCAAUGGUGAUGGGCAGAAACACCACACUCAGUCGCAAGGAACCAUCGAAUCUGCUGAACUGGAAAAAUUCAGCAUGAGCUACAAGAAUGAGAGAAAUUUUAGCAAGCAUCCUAAGCAUGAACUUUUUCAGGAGAUCUUCACAGCUUUAGUUCAGAACAGGCUUACCUGCAGGGAGUGGGUUAAGCAAGCUCCAUCCAUCCAUUUUCUGAGAGUAUUAAUCUGCCUGAGAUUACUAAUAAGGGAUCCCUGCUAUCGGGAAAUGCUCCACAGUUUGGGUGGUGUGGAAAGUCUAGCUCAGUAUAUGGAAACAGUAGCAAAUGACUAUCUUGAGUAUGGAGAACAGCAGCAUAAUGUGGACAAAUUGGUCAACAUGACAUAUAUUUUUCAAAAGAUUGCUGCUGCUAAAGAUAAAAGAAAAAGGGUUAUAGUGAGUGGAGCACAUAAAACUUUAGUAAGUUUGUUAGCUGCCAGAGACAGCAAUGUGCUUUUGGGGGCCCUCCUUGCUCUAACAAGCCUGGCGGAAAGUCCAGUAUGUAGGGAGAAGAUAAGUGAGCUCAUCAUUGUUGAAAACUUGCUGGUGAUAUUACGUGAAUACGAUUUACUUUCUAAAAGGCUCACGGCAGAGCUGUUACGACUCCUCUGUGCAGAGUCACAAGUCAAAGAACAAAUAAAAAUGUAUGAAGGAAUUCCGAUCCUGCUGAGUUUGCUCCAUUCUGAUCAUGUCAAGCUUCUGUGGAGUAUAGUUUGGAUUCUGGUACAGGUUUGUGAAGAUCCUGAGACAAGUGUGGAAAUCCGAGUUUGGGGUGGAAUCAAGCAGCUCCUUCAUAUAUUACAAGGCAAGAGAAAUCUUGUUUCUGAUCGCUCUUCAAUUGGAAGUUUAUCUAGUGCGAAUGCAGAAGGGAGAAUCCAGCAUCUUAAUUUCUCAGAAGAUUUGAGUCCUAAAGAGGUAGAAGAAAAUGCUUUUUCUCUUAAGGCAGCUUGUUGUGCUGCAAUUACUGAACUGGUGCUCAAUGAUACCAAUGCUUACCAAGUCAUACAGGCAAAUGGAAUACAUACAAUAGCAAAGCUGAUUUUGCCAAACAAAGAAAGUAGUGCUGAGAAAGCUAAUUUAUUACAGUGCUAUGCUUUCAGAGCCUUGAGAUUCCUCUUCAGUAUGGAAAGAAACAGACAUCUCUUCAGAAGACUUUUCCCUACUGACUUGUUUGAAAUCUUCAUCGAUAUUGGACAUUAUGUUCGUGAUAUCAGUGCUUAUGAAGAGCUAGUAUCAAAGUUAAAUUUAUUAAAGGGUGAUGAAUUGAAGCAAAUUGCUGAAAGCAUUGAGAACAUCAAUCAGAAUAAGGCACCUACAAAACACAUAGGCAAUUAUGCAAUUUUAGAACACCUUGGCAGUGGAGCUUUUGGAAAUGUAUAUAAGGUUAGAAAACAUAAUGGACAAAAUCUUCUAGCAAUGAAAGAAGUCAAUUUACACAAUCCAGCGUUUGGAAAGGACAAAAAAGACAGAGACAGUAAUGUAAAGAGCAUCGUCUCUGAAUUAACCAUCAUUAAAGAGCAGCUUUAUCAUCCAAAUAUUGUACGCUAUCAUAGAACCUUCUUGGAAAAUGACRGGUUGUACAUAGUGAUGGAGCUCAUAGAGGGGGUGCCAUUGGGAGAACACUUUCAUUCUUUGAAGGAAAAGCAACAGCACUUUACAGAAGAAAGAAUAUGGAAUAUAUUUAUCCAACUUUGCCUCGCUCUUCGUUAUUUGCAUAAAGAGAAAAGGAUUGUUCACCGAGAUCUUACUCCAAACAAUAUCAUGCUGGGGGAUAAGGACAAAGUUACAAUUACUGACUUCGGUCUUGCAAAGCAAAAGCAAGAAAACAAUAAACUCGCAUCAGUUGUUGGAACCAUUCUAUAUUCCUGCCCUGAAGUUGUAAAGAGUGAGCCGUAUGGAGAGAAGGCUGAUGUCUGGGCUGCAGGAUGCAUCCUUUAUCAGAUGGCAACCCUGAACCCACCAUUCUACAGCACCAAUAUGCUCUCCUUGGCAACUAAGAUAGUAGGGGCUGUGUAUGAACCUGUGCCAGAAGGAGUGUACUCUGAAAAAGUGUCAGUUACUAUUAAAAGGUGCUUAACUCCCGAUGCAGAAGCACGUCCAGACAUAGUGGAGGUCAGCUCACUGAUAUCUGAGGUGAUGAUGAAAUAUUUGGAUAUUUUAUCCACUUCCCAUCUCAUGCUGGAGAAGAAACUGGAUCGGGAGAGGAUACGCACCCAGAGGUACUUCAUGGAGGCUAAUCGAAAUGCAAUGACUUACCACCAUCAGCUUUCCCAUUUAUCACAAGGACAUCAUGAGAAGCUGAGUCUUCAUAGCAGCAGCAGCAGUGGAACAACAAGUUGCAAACAUGAAUGCUCAGAAAACGCUGACAUCCCGUCUGGAGGUUGUCAAUCUCUGUGUGGAAAAGUUGAAGGCAGAACAUACAGAGAAGUCCUGACAGAGGAUARCAACACUUUAGACAACUCUGAAAAAGAUGUGUUCUCUGAACUCGAUGAUGAGCUGGAUAUAUUAGACAACUCAAGCAGUUCCAGUACAAGUCCUGUGAAAGAGUCUGWUCUUGGCAUAAUUAAACCAAGUUGUAGUGCUUCUGAAAGACAACAUCAGAUUAGAGACUACAUUGGAGGCCUGGGAUCAAGACGGCCAGCAUCGUCAGGAAUUGCUGUGUCACAAAGGAAGGUGCGUCAGAUCAGUGACCCUGUUCAGCAGAUUCUUAUUCAGCUCCACAAGAUUAUCUUCAUCACUCAACUUCCUCCAGCCUUGCAGUGCAACUUGAAAAGGAGAGUCAUUGAGAGAUUCAAGAAGUCCCUCUUCAGUCAGCAGAGCAAUCCCUGUAACCUGAAAUCAGAAAUGAGAAAGCUGCUCCAAGGUUCUCCUGAACUGAUUGAGCCCAACUUCUUUACAGCAGAUUGCCAUGUGUUACUUCUCUCUUCAAGCAGAAAUAUAUUGGCUCCUGAUGAUAGAAAAGGUAUUGUUGGCACUGCUGACACAGCAGAAGGGAUGACAUACGAACAGUUGCAGACUCUAAUUGAAGAGGUUUUAGAAGAAACUGGUUAUUACAAUUUCUCUUCUAACAGGUAUCUCUACUAUCAAGGAGAACAAAGAACUAUCCAGUAGAAGAUGAAAACUUGUAAUUAUGAACAAAUUGCUCAGAACUGUUCCUGAUGAACUCAGAUUUCU